GAAGAAAAUAGGGGGCCACUUUUGUCACCCUUUAGUUGGCUUUUAAAAAGCAGACAAACAAACUUCUAUAGUAUUUUUCUUUUUCCCUUUUACCUUCUCUCUAUGACCCUUAGCAUUCAUAUAUUGCUUUUUUCUCUCUCUCUACAUUCAAUCGUUGCUGCAAGUGAAUCCUUGUUUACUUUCACAUUUUUGGAACAACAAAAAGAAAUCCAGACCAAGAUUCUUGCAUUUGUAUGACCUGAAAUUACACCAAUGACGAGGUUAGCCCGUGGCUUUAGCUACUCGUUGCAGAAAGAUGCUGUCUCUCCUGUAUCGGCUGAUGUGAUUUUCGCCUCAACCCGUUUUCCUAAGUACAAAAUCGGGGCCAACAAUCAGAUUGUGGAGAUCAAAGAGGACCCAAACAUGUUGACCAUGAAAGAGAUUGUUGCUCGAGAGACCUCAUUGCUGCUCGAGCAACAGCAGCGCCUAUCUGUACGGGAUCUCACAAACAAGUUUGAGAAGGGUUUGGCUGCAGCCGCAAAGUUAUCUGACGAGGCAAGACUUAAAGAGGCAGCUUCACUAGAGAAACACGUGCUUCUGAAAAAACUUCGAGAUGCACUUGAAGCUCUAAGAGGGCGAGUAGGUGGAAAGAACAAAGACGACGUGAAGGAUGCUAUUUCUAUUGUUGAAGCUUUAGCGGUUCAGUUAACUCAGAGGGAAGGAGAGCUAAUCCAAGAGAAAGCUGAAGUGAAAAAGUUGGCAACUUUUCUAAAGCAGGCUUCGGAAGAUGCUAAAAAACUUGUUGAUGAGGAAAGAGCUUUUGCACGUUCGGAGAUUGAGAAUGCGAGAGCAGCAGUGCAGAGAGUUGAGGAGGCUCUUCAGGAGCAUGAAAGAAUGUCUAAAGCUUCCGGAAUGCAGGACUUGGAUGAAUUGAUGAAGGAGGUUCAAGAGGCUAGACGAAUCAAAAUGCUGCAUCAGCCUAGUAGGGUCAUGGACAUGGAACAUGAAAUUAAUGCAUUAAGGACUCAACUUGCAGAUAAGGCAAAACGUUCACUACAGCUCCAGAAAGAGCUAGCAAUUAGCAAGAAGGGUGAUAAAAACACACCUGAUUUGUACGAAAUAGACGGCAUAGAGGCAUUGGGUUCAUGUCUGCAGAUAUAUCCGUGUUUAGAUUCUUCUCCUGACCUUUCUGAAUGUACUAUUCAAUGGUAUCGUUUGACGUCUGAAGGUGACAAAAAGGAGCUUAUAUCAGGGGCCAACAAAUCUGUGUAUGCUCCAGAGCCGUUUGAUGUUGGUCGAAUACUGAGAGCUGAUAUUUUGACUGAUGACCGUCGCUUGAUAACCGUUGUCCUAAUCCAGAUGAACGAUAUUGAUCAACCAUCCGGGUCUAUCCAUGUUCUGCACAUAGGGAAGAUGAGAAUAAAACUUCGAAAGGGGAAAACAACAAUAGCCAAGGAGUACUAUUCCAACUCAAUGCAGCUGUGUGGGAUUAGAGGUGGUGGAAAUGCAGCAGCUCAGUCAGUAUAUUGGCAAGCAAAGAAUGGACUGUCUUUUAUUUUGGCAUUCGAGUCCGAGCGUGAAAGAAACGCUGCUAUAAUGCUAGCAAGAAGAUUCGCGUUCGACUGCAAUAUUAUGCUUGCUGGGCCUGAUGACAGAUCUGCAUGAGGAAUUUUCACAUAUGUGGACCCUCCAACUAAAAAACCAUAACAUAGGAAAUGUAUUAUUAUAUAGCCAAUGUGUAAGUGUUGUCUUUGCAUCAUUGAGUGAAUUUGUAAUACCUUGGGUUUGGUUUUCUCAGUUGCUAGGCCUUUUUUCAGCUGCCUUGUUCUGGUUCCUUGAUUUUUAUUUAUUUAUUAUUAUUAUUAUUUUUUUU